AUGGCUGCAGGUUACGGUAUGGUAUAUGGCUAGCAUGGCUGUUGAAUUCAAGUUAUUCCCGUAAUAACCCUAUAAUGUUUCUCUGUACUGGUUUCUCCUAGGACUUCCUGAGGGAGUGAAGGACCUUCCUCCCGGGAUGGCUCUUCCUCUGGAGUCCAACCUGGUCUCCAUGCAGGGCAUCAACUUCAGUAAGGGCUGUUACAUCGGCCAGGAGCUAACCUCCAGGACUCAUCACACUGGGGUAUUACGGAAGCGUCUGAUGCCGUAAGCAUGUUGGCACCAGCCGAAAGCCUGGAGGAAGGAGUGACUCGCUACAGACCAAGUCUGGCAGGUCAGCCGGGAUGCACAGGGCCGGGGUUGGAGAGCUGGGCCUGAGCCUCAUCCCCCUGGCUCAUGACAAAGAGCCAUUAACACUCAAGGCUUCUGAAGACACCACAGACUCUGGAGGCAUCCGUGCCAGACUGGUGGCCAAAAGACUCUAA